AUGCCGCGAGAUCGUGGAAAGGCUCGUAAUAGAGAUAGACGAAGUUCUUCGUAUAGCUCGGAGUCUUCACAUGAGCGUAAAAAGUCAAGAUCGAAACAUAAACGGCGCUCGCGAUCUAGAGAUUCAAGAGAACGGUCGAUAACCAGUAGCCAUAGAAGAAAGCGCUCUGACUCUAAGUCAAAACUUAAAAGACGAACUUACUCAAGGAGUACUUCGAGGGAGCGUUAUGAAAGUAAAUCUAGACGCCGAUCACAUUCGCAUUCCCAUUCAAAGAGAUCCAAAUAUUCACGUGACCGAUCCCGAUCAAGAACGAACUCCCAUGAUCGUAAAUACAGUCGAAGUAGCAAAAAGAACAAAAAGUAUUCACCAUCUAAAAGCAGAUCAAAUUCCUUUGACAUUGAACCUCGAAUACAUAAAGGAAACCAUGAUGAUACUGACAUAAAGGUGGAAAAAGCAAUCAAAGCAGCAGAAGCUGUAGGAUUAACUAUGACCAAAAUACCAACAUAUGAGUAUAAAGAGGUUGCAGUUAAAGAAGAUAUGCCUACAAUACAUGAUAGGAACCUCUUGAAUGAACUGAAUAAUGACUCCUUUGUGCAGAAGGCAUUCACAUCAUCUCGUAGUAAAAAACAAAAUAUAGUCAUUGAUUUAAAUGCUGAAACUGUUAAAGUCCCAGAAGCAGAACAUAAAGCCAAGAAGGAUGAUUCCAUUAUUAAUUUUGAUGAGUUACCAAGUCAAGAAGAAUUGAAAGAAAUGUGGAUCAAAAAAUUAUAUCAAUAUAGGAGGAAAACAUUGAAGGAAGAAAUAACAUAG